AUGUACGGCUCUCCGGAUGAUGGCAGCGUUGUCAGUCGCCCCGACACGCCGAGCCUCUCUACGACGAUAUCGGACAGCGACGUUGUUCGCGAUGCCAAGCAUGUGCACUGGCACCCUCUCACCAUCAUUCCCGACACAGCUGGUAGCCUUCGAUCCAGCGUCGAUCAGGACGCCUUUGCGGCACAGCCCAAUAAACGCUUUCGAGGUGUCAGAGCCAAAAUCAAAGCCGUGGCUCGGUUCCUCUCCAGCCCCAAGGAGCAGGCCGAGUCUGCGGCUGUUCAGCUUCCUAUCGAUACGUCGGAUAGCGAAGACACUGUACAGACUUCACCCACGCAGGUUGUCAACGAAGUCCCAGCGGGUCAUCAAGCUCGUAAUCCUCAGCUAGAGGCAUCUGAUGUAGCAGCUCAAGUCAGCCAACGCGAGGCGGUUGCGGUUCUCGAGGCGAUCCGAGAGCGUCUUGACCCUGAAGGCAGCAGCACCUCAACUCUGCAUCCACUGCCGCCUCUUCCGCAACUGCCCCGACCCCCGACGCCGAUUUCGGUCCCACCGGUGGCGAUGAGCCCAAAGAAAAGGCAUGUCAACGGUAUCGAGGAUGCGCUUGGCAAGGGUCGACCUGACUUUGCGCAUAUGGGUGUAUCGCGUCCAGCUGUUCCGCCUGCGGUCCGAUCGGUCAGCCGUCCACUCCCGCCGACGCCGGUGCAUGCUCCUGUCGCUCGCUUUGGCAAAGUGGACAGCUUCAACCCACACCCUCUUCCGGCUUCAGCGUUAGGUCUCGGCAUAUUCCAACACAAGGACCGAGUCGAUCAAUUUGCACGUGCAGCAGCUCACAUCCACACGCAUGGCGACGGCACCAACGCCGACAAGCCUCGAGCAUACCGCGCCAACCACCAAGUGGACGCGCACCGACUCGCCGACGAGCUCGAGAGCCUCGUCUCAUCGUCCGCUCGCCGACGCAAGCCUCGGUCCGACUUUUCCUCGGACAACACUCGGCUUGCCGACAGCAGUCGCGAGGCGCAGUGUGGCUGGCGUCCCGACGCCUCGCCCGGAUUCCCGAGGCACGAGACGUUCGGAAAGGUGCACGCACAUGCCUCGAGCGCUGCCACCUCGAUGUUCGCCAACGAGUCCGAGCCCGAGGCGAUCAAUAGGAUCCAGACGUGGCGCGUGCAGAUCACCAACGCGCCAUCCGUGCUUGGCUCGCAGUGCGCUUCCGCCCACUCGGGCAUGUACACGGACGGAGGCCUGUCAUCCCACCUGACCUCGAUCAGUCGCAGCCCGCUCUCGAAGGACAACAAAAGCCGAAGCCAGGUUGACGAUCCGCAGAAGACGCCAGUGUUGAAGCCUCGAGCACUCCCCAACGGUGGGCAUCGCCGCGCCGAGGAGAAGCGUCACAAAGAAAGCCGUGAUCACCGUGACUCGCGCGAGCAUGAUGCCAAGACGAACACUAACGGCUGCCAAGGUGUCGGCACGCGCCACAUUGCUCGACUCACCGACUCGCAGUUCGAGCGACUCGCUCGAGCAGCGCUGCGCACGCAAGCUUGCAUCAGCCCCGAAACGACAUCGAUUCUCGACGGCGUGCCAGAGUCCGACAAGCCUACGUCUCACCUCGGAAUUGGAGCUGAAGACGGGGAGCGUCGAAGCUCGGUUGACGCAGCGCGGACCACGCUUUCGGUGCUGGAAGCUCGCGCAACGCCGCACAUCGAGACGCUCGACGCCAUGAUCCGUCGCCACCCAGACAAGAUGUACAAGCUCUUCCAGAAGCGUCCCGGUCUCAUGCUCGUGUUCCUGCUCCGGUGCAAGAUCGAAGACCGUCUCUCGCAGGUGCCUUCGCUCACGAAUGCCGAGCCUACGGCCAACGCAGGCGCGACGGAGAAGGAGAUCGACUUGCUCGAAGGCUCGCUCAUCGACCUGCACUUUGACGCUGAUCCCGUCCAGCCUUCCGCCCCAAAGCAGGGCAGAGAAGUGGGUGCGGUACCGAGCAUUGUCGUUUCACACGCCACGGGCAGCACCCCCACCAGCACUGAUACGACCCCGCAAGCCACGCAGUCCACCAACGCCAUCCAGAGUGCAGAGGCGAGGGCGGGAAGCGACAAGACGCUGCACGAGAUCGUGUGCCGUCUCGAAAAGGCAGGCGAGCUGUGCACCAUGCAGCACGCGUUGGUAGCCAUGCAGAACCGCCUCAUCAACACCACCGACACCUGCACCCAGCUCAGCGACCGUCUCAGCAAGCUGGAGCAAGCUGUCUUCUCUCCACCCAGUGUAUCGCACACUCCAUCCAUAUCGUUCUCGAUGCAGGUCUAA